AUGAAGGCCACGCCCCUCAUCAUCAAUUGGCACGACCAAAAUGCCCCCGUCUACUCGGCACACUUCGAGCCCGGCGGGAAAGGUCGUCUUGCAACCGCCGGUGGUGAUAACCACGUUCGAAUUUGGAAGGUUGAGUCUGAUGGGUCGGAGCGAAAGGUGGAAUAUCUAUCCACUUUGUCCAAGCACAACCAAGCUGUCAAUGUAGUUCGCUGGGCUCCCAAAGGCGAAACCCUCGCGUCGGCCGGCGAUGAUGGCAAUGUAAUUCUCUGGGUACCAAGCGAACUCGCUACCUCGAAUUUUGGCGGAGAUGCCAUGGAAGAUAAGGAAUCAUGGCGAGCGAAACAUAUGUGUCGAUCUAGCGGAGCUGAGAUAUAUGACCUGGCUUGGUCUCCCGAUGCUGUGCACUUCAUCAUUGGAAGCAUGGACAACAUUGCUAGGAUAUACAAUGCUAACUCUGGCACCCUCGUCAGGCAAAUCGCCGAGCAUAGCCAUUACGUCCAGGGCGUUACCUGGGAUCCGCUCAACGAAUACAUUGCUACGCAGUCUUCCGAUCGAUCUGUGCACAUUUACUCUCUCAAAACAAAAGACGGCCAAUAUACCCUCAGUCACGACGAUAAACCCCCUCGUUUGGCUAGCCAUAUCAAGGCAGAUUUGCCGCCUCGACGAAUAUCGUCGAGCAGUCCUGCCCCUCCAGACUUUGGCCAUCGGGCGCAGCUUUCCAUGAUGGAUUCAAGUGCCUCUGUCGGGUCACCUGUACCGUCCGCACCGGGGACACCAACGUCGAUUCCCUUACCGAUGAAUCCUCCUAGCGUCGUGAGCCAUAGUCGAAGAUCAUCGUUCUCGUCACGGCGUUCGGUUUCACCUGCCCCGACGUUGCCUCUUCCGGCCGUAAUGCCUAUGGAAGCUUCGCCCAAACCCCAGAUGGGCACCAAGAACGCUAGCCUUUAUGCUAACGAGACAUUGACCUCGUUCUUCCGUCGACUCACAUUUACGCCCGAUGGCAGUCUUCUGCUAACACCAUCCGGCCAGUAUCAAACCCAGCACCACUCGGAGAAGGAUGCCAAGCCCACCUACGAAGUGAUCAAUACCGUCUAUAUAUAUACGCGAGGUGGCAUCAAUAAACCCCCGAUUGCCCACUUGCCGGGGCACAAGAAACCGUCGGUUGUGGUGAAGUGCUCUCCCGUAUACUACACGUUGCGUCAGUCACCACCUGUUACGAAACAUAUCACCAUCGACACCUCAUCAGCCGAAGAGCAACUGCCAUCAUUGCCAGAACCUGUAUCCAAGUCUUCUCCUGGUGCCGCAGUCAUGGAGCCACCGCCACCUCCCGCGAGCGUGUCAUCCGAGACGGGUGGCUCUCAGUCCAAGUCACUUAGCGUCGAGACCGAUGCAUCGACGCCUGGCCCAAAGCCCGCCUUCUCCCUCCCAUAUCGCAUGGUUUAUGCCGUUGCAACCCAGGAUUCCGUAUUAUUGUACGAUACUCAGCAAAAGACUCCAAUCUGUAUUGUGAGCAACCUGCAUUGCGCCACCUUUACUGAUCUUGCUUGGUCGAGCGAUGGUCUCACUUUGAUCAUCUCAUCCUCAGAUGGAUUUUGUUCAACUCUCUCAUUUUCAACAGGAGAGCUGGGUGAGAUUUACAAAGGCGAGGUCGGUCCCCCAAAGACGACAGCGACUGUAACAACUGCAGCUUCCAAUCAAAACACGCCAACUCCGACGCCGACGACGAGCUUCGCACCUCCCUCCCCUUUCCCGAACGGAUCUCACCACCACCGCAACUCAGCCAGUUCAUUUACGGCACCAUCACCACCCGCCACGGCGCCUGCAGGAUCACAACGGCCAUCGUCUCCUACACGCUCCAAUUCCACAUCAUCAGUGGCAACGCAGUCUUCGUCCGUUCCAACGGGCGUCGUUAGCAACCCUACUCUCAUUGCUGGCAGUGUCCCAGCCUUGACGGCAGCCAACUCUGGAAAGGCACAGGGCAUUCCGAUCACAACGCCACCAGAAACGCCCAGAAGUGCUGCGGGAAGCGUUGCAGGCACGAAACGAGAUGCCAGUGAAAGCGAAAAAGAAGAUGCCAAGGAGCCUAAGAAGAGGCGAAUUGCGCCAACUCCCGUGGAAAAGGCGUAG